GCUGAUUGCCUUCGGAAUAAAUUUUGUUAGGCGGCGACGCGGACACCUUUGCUCCGUGGUGAUUGGCUCGCGGCGGGGGCCUCGCGUUUGUCCAAUAUGGCGGCGCCCAGUGGCGGUGUGAACUGUGAGGAGUUCGCCGAGUUCCAGGAAUUACUCAAGGUGAUGAGGACGAUUGAUGACAGAAUAGUACAUGAAUUAAACACUACGGUUCCAACAGCUUCCUUUGCAGGGAAAAUUGAUGCAAGCCAAACCUGUAAACAACUUUAUGAGUCUUGACAACAUGGGGCUGAAAAAAACCACGAAAGGACAAAAAAAGAGAGGAAGAAUAGCAGUAGUGGCCCCAGAGUUGAGGGAAGCUCAUGCCAGCAGGGACAGAGUCAUAAAAAAUUGUAUAGCUCAGACCUCAUCAGUAGUAAAACGCCUCCGAGAAGAGAGAGAAAAGAAUUUGGAUGAUUUAACGUUAUUAAAGCAACUUAGGAAAGAACAGACAAAGUUGAAAUGGAUGCAGUCAGAACUGAAUGUUGAAGAAGUUGUAAAUGACAGGAGCUGGAAGGUGUUUAAUGAACGCUGCCGAAUUCACUUCAAGCCUCCAAAGAAUGAAUAAAAAGAUACUUUUUUUAAAAAAGGACUGGGACAUCUCAUAAGAGCUAAGCAUGACAGACAUCAACAAGGUGGGCUUCCUAGGAUGAUUUCUGAGCCAACAGUCCAAGACCUUUUGUUGAUUUCAGCCCCACUUAGCCAAGACCUUAAGUACAAAUAAUUCUGAUAAUUAUGGAGAAAUCACCUGCUAUUUUAUACUGAUUCUGUGAAAAAAAAAAAAAGUUUUGUAACUAUUAAAAUAAUUUUCUGACUCAGUGUA